GUCAAUAUGGCGCAAUUUUCCCAAACUCCAAUGCCCCCUGUCUCCUUCUUCAUGAAAUGACGGUCUUUUCCGUGACCGCCAGAGAGCGCAUCCCACUGAAUUUAAUCAUUAUUUUUCGAAUCCGUUCAUAAUGAUCUCGGCGUCUUGAUUUGUUUCCAUUAAACGUUUCGCUGAUUAACACUUUACCACGGAAAUGGCGACGUAUUUCGGCAAUAUGGCGUUGGUUCAGACUUAGCAUUUCCCGCCCAUUACAUGUUGUAAAGUUGCUUUUGCCAAGCCCCAACUUUCUACAGCUUGAUGACCGUCUUCGUCUGCCGAUUGGUCGUCUAAACGAGAUUGACUCUAUUGCCUUUUUUUAAUAUAGCUAGAGCCAGCCAUGGCGGCCUUGAAACAAGAGGAAGAAUCCAUAAGCGAAAUCCAAAAUUACCUCGACACAUUCAACAAGGAAAUUGAAGACCCAAACCAGAUUCCCGGUGCCCAGUUAGCCAACAAGGAAGCUGUUGUUGCUAACGAAGUAGAAGCUGCUGAUGCACCUGAAGAUGGUGGAACCUAUUUUGUCGACCAAAGUGGUCAGUACUAUUACCAGAGUAACGAUGUUGAUGGAGGAGAUGGAACUGCCACUCUUGUAGCCCAAGAUGGAGGUACCAUGGUAUCCAUCCCUAACACUGGUACUUCCGGAGAUGAAGGAGUUGUGCUAGCACAGGGUGAGGGUGGUUACCAAACAGUUACUAUUCUUCCUCCAGAAUCAUCUACUGGUGAAGUCAGCUAUGUUUUGAUUGUCCAGCAGCCUGAUGGUGCUGAACAAGCUGUAAUUUCAUCUGAAGUUCUUGAUGGAACUGAAGGGGAAGUUAUUCAAGAAGAUGAAGAAGGUGAGGACGACGAGAACUUUGAUGGAGACGAAGAUAAAGAUGAGGACCAAAAUUUGGCUGUAUACGACUUCGACGAAGGAGAAGAAGGUGGCAGUGCUGAUGGUCAAGAUUCUGAAGAUGAAGAUAUUAAGCCAAGAAUGAGCAAAGGUGGAAUGAAAAAAGUCACACAGACUGUUUCCCAAGCGCAUAUGUGUAACUACUGCAACUACACCAGCCCAAAACGAUAUCUGUUGUCGCGGCACAUGAAGUGUCAUUCGGAAGAGCGUCCGCACAAGUGCAGUGUAUGCGAUCGAGGAUUCAAGACGUUGGCUUCGCUUCAAAACCACGUCAACACUCACACGGGUACUAAGCCACACCGGUGCAAACAUUGUCACAGUUCGUUUACGACGUCAGGUGAGCUGGUUCGUCACGUACGUUAUCGUCACACACACGAGAAACCACACCGUUGCACCGAAUGUGACUACGCUUCCGUUGAACUAAGCAAGCUCAAGCGUCAUAUGCGGUGCCACACUGGAGAGCGGCCCUACCAGUGCCCUCACUGUACCUACGCCAGCCCAGAUACUUUUAAGUUGAAGCGCCAUUUGCGCAUCCACACGGGUGAAAAACCGUACGAAUGCGAUAUUUGCCACGCGAGAUUCACGCAAUCAAACAGCCUCAAGGCUCAUAAACUCAUACACACAGGGAACAAACCGAUUUUCCAGUGUGAACUGUGUCCAACCACUUGUGGCCGAAAGACUGAUCUGCGAAUCCACGUUCAAAAAUUGCACACAUCAGAGAAGCCCUUAAAAUGCAAAAGAUGUGGCAAAUCUUUCCCCGAUCGCUACACUUUCAAGUUGCAUAGCAAGACUCACGAAGGAGAAAAAUGUUUCAAGUGCGACCUUUGUGCUUACGCGUCGAUCUCGCAACGCCAUUUGGAAUCGCACAUGCUGAUUCACACCGACCAGAAACCUUACCAGUGCGACCAGUGCGAUCAGUGCUUCCGGCAAAAGCAGCUUCUUCGCCGCCAUCAGAACUUGUAUCACAAUCCCGACUACGUGCCUCCACCACCCGGGGAAAAGCGGCACGAGUGUCCCGAAUGUGGAAAACCUUUCCGCCAUAAAGGCAACCUUAUUCGCCAUUUGGCUCUCCAUGAUCCAGAUGCUGCUCAACAAGAACUACGAGCCUUCCGUGCAGCUCGUAAACAGCGCAUCAAGGAUGGCCAGAGCUUAGAAGGCCUUACUGAAGGUGAGGAGACAGAUAUGGAGGAUGAAGACAUUAGCCUUGGUCUCAACUCCAACGAAGAACUGGUCUCUGUACAAGGCCAAGAUGGGCAACAGUAUGUUGUCCUUGAAGUUAUCCAGUUGGAGGGUGAAGGAGGAGAUGAAGACGAAGCCACCAUGAUGGAAGUAGAGGGGGCUACAGAAAUGGACGGUUCCUUGAUAGAAGGAGAAGGCAAUACCAUGACCUCUUUGGAUGAUGAAAUUGAUGAUUCCAUGCAAGCCACUCCUCGCGUACGUCGCACCUCUCAGGUUGCUAAAGCUCAGGAUACCAGUAAGGACGUGGCUAACUGUUUUGGAUUUGACGACGAUGACGAUGAAGAAGAUGACGAGGAUGACAAGUGAAAUUCAUGUUGCCUCUCUGCACGUCGAUAGUGUUUAACAAGUGUGAACUGUAUUCUGAACGGGACUUUUUCGGUUGGAAAAUUUGUGGACAAAAAUAGAAGUGCGAGUACAUUUUUGCCGACAA